AUGGCGACGGAGGUGGAGACCCUGCUGCACGAUGUCCUGCUCUUCAUGCAGCAGCUGCUGCGCCUGGAGCUGCCCCAGCUGGCCGAGCUGGCCGAGACGGGCGUCUCGCAGGACGCGCUGCGCGGCCUGGUGGCGCGGCUGCAGCAGGCCGACACGGCGUUCCGGCCCUCCUACAUGGACAUGAAGGGCACGCUGCAGAGGCCGCCCCGCGCGCUCGGCGGCGACGGCGCGGCCCCCUGCUACGACCCCUGCUGCGCCGUGUACACGGCCCGCCGCCGCCAGGGCCCCGCCUUGGAGCUGUGCUGCCCUGGCAGGAAGACUCACGAGCUGUGGGUGUCUGACGACGCGGAGGCCCAGUCCUGGGUCGACGCGCUGCGCCGCGCCUCCCAGGACACCCCCUGGCCGUCGCCACCCUCGCCAUCGACGCCGACCUCUCGCGCCGACGAGUCCCCCGUGCUGACCGCCGGCAGCGUGGCCGCGGCCCUGGACGCGGACGACGCCAAGCUCCACUCCGGCUCCAGGUCACGGUCGCAGUCCCGGGCCGGCUCCGCCGAGGUGACGGACUGCUUGGCGGCCGCGGCGUCGCUGCUCCCCGGCCUCGCAGACCAGCCCCCGCCGCCGCCGCUGACGCCGCCCCCCGAGCUGCCCCCGGGCCUGGACGACGACCAGCAGCAGGAGUACGAGUCCAUGCUGUCCGGCGGCGAGGACAUCUACCACGACAUCGCGCCGCCCGAGAGGGACGGGCCGAGCUACGCCAACGGCUACGCCAACGGCGCGGACUUCGCCGUCGGCCCAAGCUACGCCAACCUGAGCGUGGCGUCCGCCACCGCCAGGGCGUCCCCGGUGGAGGUCCAGGACGACGCCGACCUCCUGGCCCGGCCCCUCUACGACGACGUGGCGGCGCGGCCCCCAGCCCCGCACUACUGCAACCUGGCGGCGGGGAAGGCCGCGGAGGCCGACGCGGAGAACCUGUACGACGACAUCGGCAUCGGCCCCAGCGAGGGCAGGGCCUCCGUGUACGAGUUCAUCCAGGACCCCGUCAGUCAGGCCCACCUCGGACAAAGCAUUCGCUGCUCGUAGCGCCGCGUAGCGCCGCGUAGCGCCUCACAGUGGGCCAGACGACCGGCGGAGGCGGCCAAAACUCUUG